AUGUCGCAGCCAGAGGUGUACGCGAGGCUGUAUGAGGCCAGAGGACUGGGCUUCAAGGAGGCGGCGCUGCCGUCCAGCGUCAGCACCUCGUCAGUUGAUGGGGUUACGACGCUUUCGUACGACAGCCGCAGCCACGGAUCGCUGCCGCAGAGCGGCGAGGUUGAGAGCGGGGAAUUGCAUGCGGACGUUCUGGCGGUGCUGCAGCCGCAGCCGGCGCGCCCGCCGCCGUACUACGCGGUGAAUCCAAACCGGCGGAUCCGGUACCCAAUAUACGAGCGGGAGGAGACCAACGAGCUGCCGGCGUAUGCGCCGGCGGUGCACGAGCUGGCGCUAGUGUCCGUGAAGCAGGAGUGGGCAUCGCCGUAUGAGCCGGCGGUGUCGCGGUCGUGGCGGACGCUGUUGAUGGAGCUGAAUUCGACGCAGCUGAACUUCUAUCACGUGGACGAGGGGCUGCUGCGCGGGCUGCGCGGGCGCGCGGCAGACAGCACGCUCGGGGUGGCGUGCGCGCAGGCGGUGUCAUCGCUGUCGUUCGGCCAGGUGAAGGCAGGGACGCUGCUGGCGCUAGGGCGCGACGAGCGGCAGCUGUCGCCGGCGCACCAGCAGCAUGUGUGUGCGCGCGCGCAACGCGACCCGGAGCGCCAUCUGUGCGCGGAGCGGCUGUACAAAAGCUACUCACUGCAGUACGCGACCUUCGGCGUGCCCAUGGACUACACGAAGCGGUCGUUCGUGCUGCGGCUGCGGUGUGAAACAGAGCAGUUUCUCGUCUGCUUCGGCACCGUGGACAUGCUGAUCAGCUGGAGCGUGUCGCUGUCCGUGGGCAUAGGCGUGUCUCUGGACCUCGACCAUCGGAAGAUGCCCGCCUACCGGACCGUCCCGCGCAGGAGACGCCGGCGAACGCGGCACAAGCGCACCGACAAUAGGGGCCGCAAUACCGCGCUCCUUUUUUCUAACAAGCUGAGCCGCCGCGGUACCGUGCUGGGUCUGAUAUCACCGAGCGUGGACCGCCGCACUCUGUUGAAGUAUGACCAGCCGGCGAUGGGCGCCGGCGGGUUUUCCAAUGCAUUUAUAGCCAUGGCGACGCGUGCGCCAGAGAACCGAGAAAUGCCGUGCGAUGACGCAGCGUCUUUGGGUCAGUCGAGCGCCGCAGGCGAGCUACAGGCUGGCUUUGCUUCGCGGCUCAGAACCAUGUUUUGGUCUAAAAAAGCGUCACGUGGGGAGGUGCAGAGGUCGCGCACUGUUCACUCGGAUACGAAGGGGCUCAAUUCCAGUGUGGCGGAGAGCCUGCUGGGUCCCUCGGCGAGUCUUGGUGCCCGUGGUUCGGAGGCUCUGCGCUGUAGGCUAUCCGAGCGCUGUGUGUACCAGUCGGCCUCCAGCUCGCUUCUCCAGGUUUCGGAGCAGCGCGCGGCGGCGCAUGAAGAUCAGAUGGGCAGCGAUAGCUCCAGUCUGGAGUCCCAUAGGCAGCCCACGCCAAAUCGCAGCCUGGGCAGUGUCUGCGAACAGAGCAGGAGCCCGACGCCGAGCGGCAUCGAGCACUCGCCUGUCGAGAGCGAAGAGUUUGACUUUGUUGAGACCGGAGCGUCCAGCGAAUCUGAGCUUCUUCCGAGCGACCAUCUGGAGACAUCCAUCUACGAGGACGAGGGUAUAUAUCAUAGCGACGACGACGACGACGACGACGACGACGACGACGAUGACGACGACGGCGCGGGCUCGGCCGCUGCAGACACCGCGACGCAAGACUACGCGGCGCGCAGCCGGGCCCUGGAUAUGGAGUUCCGCCAGCGCGCGCACUCCGCCGCUAGCAGCCUGUCGUUCGCUCCCUACGGGUAUUCCUUCAGCCGCGAGAAAUGGGUCCCGCCCGUCAAGGAGAGUACUCGGCGCAGGUUCGUCAGAGAUUCGAUUCGCUGCAUUCGGCCGCUGUGCGACGACGACACCUGGCUCGGCGCUCUGGUCGUCAGCCCCUCGGCUGGGCCCGGCUCCAGCUCCUCUGGAUUUCCGUUCGACCUCGGUCUAGGCUCGAAACGUCUCGGCAGCAGGCGCUCGCUGAAAAGAGGCAGCCAGUCCCUAUCCGGUACUCGUGCUGCCCGGUUCAUGAAGGCUUACAUUGUGGGGCCCGUCGGCCUGGUUGCAUCCGUCAACGACGAGUUCAACGCUUAG